AUGGAGUUGGACAAACCCCUGCGUCUGCACUAUCACAAGGAGCUCCAUCACUUGCCUGCCCAGCACACGGGUCGAGCGUGGUCGUACCUUGGAAAGGGGAACUUAAGUGAUGAUCGAAAACGGAGUGCCGGCUUUCGCUGGCCAAUAAUUAUUCGCGCCAGCUGUUACGAGGAGCCACACACUCUCACUCCACGUAAGCGAGCUUGGAAUAGCAAAGCGCGCGCUUAA